UGAAGCCGGUAUUAUUUUCGUAAUAACGGAAGACACAGGCUUUGCCAAGAAAAUGGGAAUCAAAAACUUCCCCGAAUUGGUGUUCUUUAGAAACCGAGAUCCAUUACAUUUCACUGGAGAUUUGAAUGACGAAGAUGAGGUUUUGGCAUGGUUAACUGAUGAAGAUACAUUGGAAAUUCCCGGUAAAAUUGAGGAGGUCAACACCAAGAUGUUGGAGAAGAUCUUAUCGGAAAACGAUCACGUUGUAGUGUUUUUCUAUCGCGAAGGAGACAAGAAAGCUCAGAAAAUUCUCAACGAACUAGAGAACAUCGACGAUGAAUGCGAAGAGAAGAGCAUCGACUUCGUUAAGACAUCUGAUGAUGGCAUUGACAAGGAGUACGAUUUACAAUCACUACCCGCACUGGCUUUCUAUCGCCACAAGAAGAAGAAAUCUUAG